AUGGAAGAUUCUGCGAAGAGUAGUAGUGUGCAUGAAACCAGUGGCAAGGUUCCCCAUGUUUUCGCAUCUUUCCAUAUAUAUAGAGACCCUUAUCCGAAUGCGCAUCUCACCACCUUUGGUUUAAUCAACAUGUGUGGAAAGAACGGAAAGAAAGAUGAAUUGGAAGUGAAGCCAUCCACUGAAUUGUCACCAUUUGAUGACGACAUAAACCAGAUUUUUGACAGAGUCGGUAACUUCACGAACCAACUAGCAGACUUCACCAAGAAAGUUGUGGGUCAAACACACAACUUUGCAAAGAAUUACGAUUUCCCUUCAUGGAUGAGCGAGUCAAAGGGAGAGACAGAAUCCUUCAUGAACAGACCUUAUCAAGAAAGAGAUCCCGAUUUGUUUUUCGGCAAACAUCCUUUUGAAACGUUUGAUCCCUUCAAUUUCUUUUCUGAUUUCAAAAGACGUACCCCUUUUGGAAUCCGUUCCCAUGGCCAACCCUCAGUAAGAGAAUAUAAUGACUGCCUUCGAAAAGAUGGUGAAUCAUUGUGGGAUUCUAAUGGUUACUGGAGAUGUCUUUUCCCCAACAAGGAGGUUCCUGUUGCUUUGUUAGACUACAAGAAGGCCCAUUUGAGCAAUGAAAUCUUAACUAAAGAAGAUUUUACUGACGCAGCAAAGGAAUCAUCGGGCAAGAACGUUGUUGAUUUGGGACCCAAGGGCGUCUUUUUCAAACAGUUCAACGACUACUUGAAUUGGAAGAACUCUGAGUACGAAAGUGUUCGCAAACGGAGAGAAGAAGCCAUAAAGAAGGCCAAUGAAGAGAGAGAACACUGGAAACAAUUACACGACUCUCAGUCACAGUCUAUGACCACUCUGGGUAAUGAUUCUCUGAAGAAAGCUGUGGUAUCUCUUUCAGUGCAGACGUCUAUGGAUACAGACACCGACAAGAAUGAAACAGUAUUAAGAGAGGUUAGAACUCAAGUAUUUGACGAUGGCACCUUUACAACAACUAACAUCACGAAAUCCAAACCUAUCGGAUCGAAGGAGUGGACCACCGUCAAAGAAGAUACUCAUGAAGAUUCCAAAAAGGGUUGGUUUUGGAACAAAUGA